CAUCACGUCCUGGUUCGUGAAAGUGGCCAAGUGGAACGCUGAGCGAGACAGAAAUAUCCACACACAUACAACACACAGACAGAGCGCGCUUGCAUACGCAUUGCUCCACACUUCUGUUAACAACCCACCGGACAGACUUGGACAUAUUUCGCGAACAACAAAGAUUAAUUAGCGAGGAGAGAAAGAUUUGCCACUGAGAUUUUUUUUGCCUCAUUCUGCCGCUGCAUUGCAAGCAAGUGUCUAGGUUCAAAAAACAAGAGUUGCAGCAAUUUAAAGUAACACGGGGGCGGGAAUGAGGAAGGCGAUCGGCCGAGUGUGAGACCGAGUGCCCCGCUUGCAGACAACUCUACUGGAUCAGCAGCAACUGGAAGCGGAGAGUCCAUUUCAAGUUUCGGCGGAGCAGUCUCGGAUCAGAAGUGUGCUUUUGGUAAAAGGAUACCGCUCAGACAUUUGAGGGGGGACCCACCCAGGACGAGGAUAGCCGAAAAUAUAUAUUUCGACCUAUAUUGGACAAAGUGAUCGGUGAUGAUGGCGAUAAGGAACUCGCUUUGGAAAUACUAUUUGGGAGUUUUGUUCGUUUUAUGCAGGGUGGCUAUAUCAAACUGUGAAAUUUUGGCACCUAUAUAUUGGAAUUCCUCAAACCCCAAGUUUCUACCGAGUAAAGGCCUGGUGAUGUAUCCACAGAUAGGAGACAAACUGGACAUUAUCUGUCCCAAGGUGGACUCCAGGAUUACUGGACAAUAUGAAUACUUUAAAUUGUACCUGGUGUCGAAAGACCAAGCUGACAGCUGCAAUGCUGUGCCCAGCCCCACACCAUUACUCAAUUGCAACAAGCCAGAUCAAGAUGUCAAGUUUACCAUCAAGUUUCAGGAAUUUAGCCCUAACCUUUGGGGAUUGGAAUUCAAAAAAUAUGAGGACUAUUAUAUUAUUUCAACAUCAAAUGGUACUUUGGAAGGGCUGGAAAACCGAGAAGGUGGUGUAUGCCAGACAAAAGCCAUGAAGCUUAUAAUGAAAGUUGGACAAGAUGCAAAUUCUAUGGGAGGAAAAGAAAAUCCAACCAGAGCUCCUGAAAAAGACCGGAAUGGCAUCACAACCAAGCCCACCCAAAAGGCCGAGAGUGAAGGUGGGACACACUCAUUGAGUGGUGAUAAUAAACCUUCAACUGCACCCAGGGACCCGGACCAGGGCAGAUUCCUCAGCCCCGACGUGGCCUUAUUUGCAGGCAUUGGAUCAGGCUGUGUGAUCUUCAUCCUCAUCAUCAUCAUGUUGGUGGUCCUGCUGCUAAAGUACAAGAGGCGGCACAGAAAGCAUUCCCCGCAGCACACCACCACUCUGUCCCUCAGCACACUGGCCACCCCCAAACGGGGAGGCAACAACAAUGGCUCUGAACCCAGUGACAUUAUCAUUCCAUUAAGGACUGCAGACAGCGCCUUCUGUCCUCACUAUGAAAAAGUCAGUGGAGACUAUGGACAUCCAGUAUAUAUAGUUCAGGAGAUGCCACCACAGAGCCCAGCGAACAUAUACUACAAAGUUUGAGCUGCCAGAACUGAGGCUAGUUUGGGAUCCUGAAGAAAAUUCUUGGCCUGUUGCAUACCUGGGUCUUCUGCUGAAAUUAGUGGUGAUUUUUUUCUUUGCACCAGGAUUGACUUUAAAUGUGUAGGAGAAUUAAAGGGGAAAAUGGAAGCUUUGCAGGAAAUUCAGCUGAAGAGAGAGUUGGUUAGUAUGUAUGGUCUGUGUAGGAAUCUGCUUACAGUAAAAUAACAGGAGCAGCAAGCCGGAGAAAAGUUGAGUCGGGGACUCAACCAAACUGUUCCACCUUUUACCAUUAAUUUCUGGACCAUAUGCUACAAACAUACCAGGAAGCAAGAGGCAAAGGGAUGUUUGAACUAUCUAUCACUGUAUUUAUAACUAGUAACAUUUUAAGCUUUGGAUAUUCAGCAAUAGAAAAUAGUCAGUCUCCACUUUCCCUGGACUGUUAUAUUUUAUAAUAACCGGAUUUCAUAAAUCCACCUCUGUCUUUGUUCAGUGCUUUUGAUUUUUAUUCCCCUCUUUAUUGUUUUCCUGUUACCAGUAUUACUUGUUAAACUGAAGGCCACUUUGCCUUUGAACACGAUCACUGUAACAUCAGGAAACUUCUAGAACAUACCACAACAUUAACUUGAAUCAAACAUCCCAGCCACCAGUGAUAGUGUUCACAAAAGCACCCAAAUUUAAUCAGUCAUACAGGAAGUAAUAAAUCACGUCCACAUACAUGCAGGAGUCCUUUCAGUCAUACGUAGCACACGUUGGUAAUGAGCAGGAGACCAGGAGUUCACCUGUGACUUUUAACUGCAUUUGCAGUUGUAUGCUGCUGCCUUUUUGAAUCUGAAAAGGAUGUGUAGAGAUAUACAUUACUUAGGGAGCACUUUGGUACUAAAAGUUCCAAGAUGUAGGCUGGUAGACAUGGUGACAAGCACAGUGCUGUAGAGCUGCACUUUAAAUGAGCUCAAAUAAUUAUUUUGAGCAAAACUGAACUAGAGAGAGAAAAAUGAAAGGCCUCCAUCUGCAAGGUGCUUUAUUGAGGUAUUGAAGGGAAGGACACACAUCAGUGAGAAAAGGCACUACGGGGCUAGUGAUGUUGCUUUUAAGAACAGUGCAACAGUGGUACAGUCAGGCUGAGGAAAUAAAUUGCCUUACAGUUUGCGUUGUAUGAAUAGACUGUGGAGCAGUCUCCAUAUUACAUGGUACAGCUUUCUCUUACUGUGGCUGGCAGCUUCAGUGACCUCUAAGGCUUUACCCUUGAACUACUCAUGAGACAAAAAAAAUCAAAUACACUACAAAAAAUGGAGGAGGGAGAAGAAGGACCUGAGUGAUUAAAUAGCAGACCUGGAGAGCAGAUCAUUGUCGGCCAAUUUUUGUAGUCGGAGUUACUCAGUAAGAAUGCCCAGUGGGCAGAUGAAGAUCGUUUGAAUAUUAGACUAUCUGGAUGGUCAUAACAUUGCCACAAAAUGUUUGGACACUUGCCUCUGGGAAUGGAAUCAUGUUUCCAUAAAUAGCAAAAAAUAAAAAUAGAAUCAUCUUAAGACUUCUAAAGUAACAGAAGCUGGGAAAUUGCUUCUGCUUCAUAUUUCCAACAACUGAAGGGCUUUUCAGCCUUAACACAUGGGCCUAAUUUUUAGAAAAUACUUCUUAAAUUAAUAUUAAACAGUAGUAGCCUGGCACUGGGAAUGUCUUUUCGAAAAUCUUCCUUACUCCUGUGGUGACUUGCAAUGCAGGUUGUGUUAUUAAUUACUGCUUGGCACUGUCCAAACUAUGAUAUCUUGUAGUUUAAAAUUCAAAGAAUGUGCUGUGUGAAAAGACUGGGCCCAGAAAUUUCAAAGGAGAACCGACAGGAUAGUUGCCCAGCCUAAUCCUUGAGCCUGGAAAUUACAUUGGCGACAAAAGUGAAACACUUUGCAUGUACUUAGAUCGUUGCUACGGCAAUGAAGUACAUUAUAUGUGCAACAGAUUUUCUACCAUUUCCAUGUAAGGUGUGUUUUUUGUGGGCCUUUAGGACAAGAGACAUAUUAGCAGAGACAUUCUCAAUUAUACAAGGUUAAGUUUGUUCUUUAUGAAAUACUUUAUGGGUAUUCUGUGCCUGAUUUUUUUUUCGUUUUAAAUCAGAUUUGAAAACAGCAGGUGAAUUUCCAAUUUAAAAAAAAAAUCCAACGUGGGGAUUGAUGGGAUUUCUGGUUUAUAAUACGCGCAGUGGUUGUGUGUCCGAUGUAGAGUAAGGCACUUUACACUGAUCCCAUAUAGUUUGUCUUACUCACCCCGCCUGCCAAGAGAAUGUCACUGUAACCGCCUUGCAGACACAUUCAUCCCUAUCACCUGGUUUUAGAAUUUGCACCACAGUGAACUGAUGCUAGUUGUGAAGCUGUAAAUAUGUGGAAUAUUUUAAUGUAUAACGAUUUGGGCAGGGAGGGAGGGGAGAGUUAAAAUAGCCUUAUUCACCUUCUUAGUAACAGAAGUUCACAGCAGAGCAUGACUUAAUUUUCCUUAAAGUAAAAUGUUUGUGUAAAUAGAAGAUUUUUUUUAAACAAAUUCUAAGGAGGAUGUUUUGUAUAAAAUCUGAAUUUUUUGCAAUGUAUUUUUAGCUAUAGCUUGUUUCCAAGGCAGUGUCAUCCCCCUUUGCACAGUUUAAAAAUGGAGAAAAAAGAAAAUUGGUAAGGUUACCAAAUUGACUGCUGCAUAUUUGUGCCAUGAAUAUUUAUUUAAUUGUUUCUUUGUCCAGUUUGUGUACACAGUAUUACGCUUGCUUUAUAAAUAUUGAAUGUUGCUUUCUCCUCAUUUUUCUCCUUUUUCGUCUGCUCUUUCAACCAUUUUCUUUUUCUGAAGCAGAUUUAAUUUUCACCUUCACUCCCCUGCAGUCCAAGGAAAAAUGAACAAAAUUAAAAUCACAUUCCAUAAGUCUGUUACAAACUGAAAUUGUUUUUAAAUAAAAGACUUUUUUUCCUAUGGAAA